AUGGUCGUAUACGGUCUGACAGGCGGAGUAGCCACAGGGAAAACAACAGUUUCUCAAAUUUUUCAGGAACAUUCAAUUCCAGUGAUUGAUGCGGAUCUUAUAGCUCGUGAAGUUGUGCGGCCUGGUGAAUCAGCUUACAAGCAGUUGCGAGCAGAAUUCGGAUCUGAGUAUUUUGAUGAUGAAAAUGGGGGCGAACUGAUCCGCGAGAAAUUAGGAAAACUGAUUUUCUAUGAUUCCAAACAGAGAAAACGUUUGAACCGAAUAACUCACCCAGCUAUACGAUGGAGGAUGUUUUACCAAUUUAUAUACUACUUUUUUACAACAACCAGUUAUGUAAUACUGGAUACUCCUCUCUUGUUUGAAGUUGGAUAUGAUAAGUUUCUGGGCACAACGAUUGUUGUUUGGUGUGAUGGUGACAAAGAACUGACAAGACUGAUGAAACGAGAUCAAUCAACACUAGCGGAUGCCAAAUCUAGGAUCGCUUCACAAAUGUGCAUAGAAGAGAAAAAGAAACGAGCAACAAUCGUGUUAGAUAACAACGGGAGUAAAGAGGAGCUGAGAGAACAAGUCGAGGAGCUGAUAAGGAAGUUGAAUAGCUCUUGGACUCCUUUACUAUGCAGAUUAGCAGUUCCUGGAAUCAUUGCCGGCUUGACCUAUGGUUUUGUUAAAUUUCUAAAAAUGUUUUGA